CUUGAAUAUUCACAGAUUUUGGACAGAUAUGUCUGCGUGAUAGGUACCUACGGUAAUUGUAAUAACUAAUAACAUUUCACCAUCGAUUAGAAGGAAUGCAUCCACACACCGACCUCAGCAAUAACAGUUGUUCUCGCCUCGAGUCAAAACGAUUGAUCAAGCCAUCUGUGAACGGUCAAUCACACUGCAAGCAUAUAUCGAACGGCUGUAAAAAUAAGUCAAUCAACGAGGAAGACGACGAACCUGUUGCAAAAAGAAGACGACACUCAGGAAUGGGAGGAGCCAAUCAUCUUCAAACUAACUCGUCAGAGCAAAGCCCGGGAUCCGUGACCCUUGAACCCUAUGUUCACCAGGUGACUGGGCGUUCCCACAUGCUUGCAUUGAACAGUACCACCAUAUGUAAGUCUCUCAUUCCUCGAGAAUUAUUAUUUUACACGAGCAUACCAGAAGAUCUCAAACCUUUUGUACCGGAUGUAAAAGGUGUUCUUUAUGCACAAUUGGCAGAAUCAGAAGAAAACAAAGACUACAAGUUUUCAACAUCUCAAGUUUUCAUGAAAUCAAAUCCCGUUAACAUAAGUUCCCAUAGCUUAAGAAGUGACGGAAGAGAUUGGGUGCCUGCUUACGACAAAGUACUCUUCAAAGGGCUUGAACGAUUUGAAUAUAGUUCGAGUCAUGGUUUUACGAGUCAUCCAUGGACCGUUGACAAAGACAUUGAAGCUGUAACCGAAUCAGUUGGAGCCAAUCCAUGGGCAAUUCGUCAGCACAAACGUGAAAUAAAUCGAAUGCUUUCACUGGAUGAAUCUGGGACGGAUACGAAGUCACUGGAUCAUAAUGAAAAUAAAGUGCAAGAUGUUGUGACAAGUUCCCACGUCCCAGGAAUUUUUGUCAGAGGCUACCUUAUGUUGGAAGAUGUCUCGACAGGAUUUAGACAUCCAAGCGUCAUUGACUUCAAGCUUGGUCGACAAAUCGAGAGAAACGAUUGUUCACAAGAAAAGAAAAACAAGCACGUUGAACUUGCGAAGAACAGCAGCACAGGAACACUAAUGCUUAGAUUAGCCGGAAUGCAGGUUUAUCAAGUGAAUACUGGUCAUUAUUUGUGCAGAGAUAAAUAUUACGGACGUGGUUUGUCAGCGUCGGGAUUCAAAGAAAGCGUAAACCAAUUUUUGCACAACGGCUCAAGAUAUUUGAUAGAAGUCAUUCCUCCGAUCAUAGAAAAAUUGAAAACAUUGCUAAAAAUUUUAGAAAAACAAGAUACUUUCCGCUUCCAUGCAAGUUCAUUACUAGUCCUGUACGAAGGCGACGAUAUUCAAGACUCAAGUAACAGCGAAAAUCAGUCCAGCAAUGAAAUGACAGAACCCGAAAGAAAAAUAGAAGUCAAACUUAUUGAUUUUGCACACAGUACUUACAAGGGAUUCAAUGGUGAUAGGACUUUAUACUCGGGACCUGAUCAUGAUUGCCUGCAAGCCAUUUCCAACAUUAUUACCAUGCUACAAGAGUUAGAGUCUAAAGUAUUAAAUCGAUAAUAAGAAAAUUUUGCACGAUAUUUGUAUAAAUCUAUUAAUCGAAACUAUUUUUAUAAUUUUAUUAACAAGCCAAAACUAUAAUUCCCUUGUCGUACAUCCACAUUUCAGAGGGAGCUCUUUUGCGCCAUGGUUUUAAUACAAUUUACCCAACUGAGAAAAACAAAAUGCACGUCCUACCUUAAUUGGACUAAACGGUACAUAUGACAUAAAUUUUAUAUUUUUAACUAUAUAUAAUAUAUAUAGCACUUUUUUCGGUAUUCCCAUAGUGUGUGUAUCAGGUUAGGGUCAGGCUAUAAUUUUUGUCCCGAUUUCCCUUUUUUUAGUUCUAUUACGAGUUCGGGGACUUUCUUUGUUAGCCAAGUGAAUAUACCCCAUGCCCAUUGGAUUUUAGUCCCUUUACACAACUUGACGUAAAGUAGGCGAACAAAAUUAGUUACGUCCAUAUUGGUACACAUUUAUGGCUAAAUUAAUAGUUAUUACUUUAAUUUUGUGAAAGACUGUAAAUUCCACAAAUUAGCACAUAAAAUAAACAUUACUAAUUCGAAUUGCUAUCAUUAUUUUGGUUUGUUUCUUUUACCUGUAUUGUAUAUGCAAAUAGAUAAUAUAUCUGUUUUCA